AUGUCAACGGGUGUCACUGACGACGGGCACAACGCCCCCCGCGUCAACAGCAGCAGCGAAGAUGCUCGCAUCGACGAGAAGCACGACGCCGGCCAUGGCGCGCACCACGUCGACGUUGCCAACUCCAAAGUCCUGGCUGACAACGACCUCAUGAACGAUGCCUUUGAUGGCGAAAACCAGGAGCACCAGCAGGGUCUUUGGGAGGCCGUCAAGACCCACCCGAAAGCUUGCUUCUGGGCCUUUAUCAUGUGCUUCACCAUCGUCAUGGAGUCCUUCGACAUGUUCUUGAACGGCAACUUCGUCGCGCAGGCGGCUUUCCAGAAGAGAUACGGUGUGCAGGUUGCUGAUGGCUAUGCUAUUGAGACCAAGUGGCAGAGUGCUCUCUUCCAGGCUGGUCAAUGUGGUGCAUUUGUCGGUGUUUUCUUGGCUGGCCCUGUCGUCAACAAGUUCGGCUACCGAUGGACCACCAUCUUUGCACUGAUCCUCAUGAACGUCACCAUCUUCAUCUCUUUCUUCGCCCAAUCACUCGAGGUUCUCACCGUUGGACAGGCAUUGGAGGGUAUCCCUUGGGGAUUCUUCAUUGCCAUUGGUCCCGCCUACGCAUCCGAGAUCGUUCCUCUCGCCCUUCGAGGUGCCUGCACUGCUACUCUGCAGAUGUCCUGGUCCAUUGGCUCUAUCGUCGUUGCUGGCGCUACUCUUGGCUACAACAAGCGUGAUGAUGAAUGGGCUUGGCGUGCGCCUCUCGCCCUGCAGUGGAUCUUCCCUACUCCCCUCAUGGUCAUCCUCUUCUUCGCUCCUGAAUCACCAUGGUGGCUCAUCCGCCGCGGCCGCAAGGACGAGGCACUUCGCUCCAUCAAGCGCCUUGGUCCUUCUAAUGCUACUAUUCAGCAGAACCAGCAGAAAUAUGCUAUGAUCGAGCGUACCGUCGAGAUUGAGUCUCAAUUGGGCGGCUCUCCCACCCUUCUCGACUUGUUCAAGGGCGUCGACCUCAGACGUACCACCAUCACUUGCUUGAUGUACGCCUCGCAGAACUUCGCCGGUAACCUGAUUGCCAACCAAGCUACUUUCUUCUUUGAGCAAGCUGGCAUGGGCCACGACCGCGCCUUCGACCUGAACCUUAUCAACUCUUGCCUGCAGUUCAUCGCCAACGUUCUCUCGUGGCCCCUCACUGCCUGGUUCGGUCGUCGCACCAUCUACCUCUGGGGUACCGCCACCAACGUUACCCUCCUCAUCGUCCUGGGCAUUUGCGCUUCCAUCGAGCAAACCAGCGCUACCAACUACGCCCAGGCCGUCUUGGGCAUCUUGAUCUCCUUCGUCUUCGCCGGUACUCUUGGCCCCAUCUCCUACACCAUCAUUGCCGAGACCUCCGCCGUCCGUCUCCGUGCGCUGUCUACUGCCGUCGGCCGCGCUGCCUACUACGUUGCCGAGAUCCCCAUGAUUUACCUGGCUUCCCAGCUCCUGAACCCUACCGGAUGGAACGUCGCUGGAAAGUGCGGCUACGUCUGGGGAGGAACUGCCAUCGUCUGCUGGGUCCUGGCCUACUUCGGCCUUCCUGAGCUCAAGCACCGCUCUUACCGCGAGACUGAUAUCUUGUUCAACCGCAAGAUCUCUGCCAGGAAGUUCAAGUCUACCGUUAUCAAUGUUACUGAUAACGAGUAA